AUGGCUUUCGUCGACGAAAUCUCCCCAGCCUCAGAGGCAUCUUCCGCCGAUGAUGUCGUCAACGAAGAUGUCCGCAAUCUGGAGAGCUUCGGCUACAAACAAGAACUCAAGAGAGAUUUCUCCUUCAUUGGAAUGCUUGGGUUUGCCUGGUCGGUUCUUACCACAUGGACUGCUUUGGGCGGCUCUCUUGUCGUGGCCAUCCAGGCCGGAGGGCCCCCAGUCAUCAUCUACAGCUGGAUUGCCGUCAGCUUCUUUUCCCUCUUCGUCGCAUAUUCCUUUGCGGAGAUCUGUAGCGCUUUUCCGGUUGCCGGCGGGCAAUAUAGUUGGGUCGCCAUCUUGACACCCCCCAAAUGGGCCAGACUCACAUCGUAUCUCUGUGGCUGGUUCAUUGUCAUUGGCUUCUUGUCUGCUGGAGCGGCGAAUGGAUUCAUCGGCGCGAGUUUCGUGCUUGGCCUCGCGCAAAUCGCUCACCCCAGUUAUGUCAUUGAACGAUGGCAUGUCUGCCUGGUCUGCUACCUGGUACUAAUCCUCGCCGCCGCCGUCAACCUUUGGGGCCGACAUCUCCUCAACAAAUUGAGCAAGACGAUGAUGGUCUUCAAUCUGGCAUCCUUCAUCGUCGUCAUCACCGUCAUCUUGUCUCUGGACAACGACAAAGCGAGUGCAGCGUUUGUAUUCAAGGACUUUGUCAACAAGACCGGCUUCAACAAUUCCUACGCCUCGCUCUUGGGCAUCCUUCAAGCAGCGUUUGGGAUGACGGGAUACGAUGCCACCGCGCACAUGACGGAGGAAAUGCGUAAUGCGAGGAAGGAUGCACCCCGUGCAAUCAUCUGGUCGGUUUGGAUCGGGGCCUUCUCCGGCUUCGUCUUCCUCGUUGCCGCCUUCUUCUGCAUUCGCAACCUCGAGGCAAUCGACACCACUGCAACUGGAGUACCGCUCAUUGCCAUCUUCCAGCAAGCUACGGGUUCCGUGAGCGGCGCCAUCGGGCUGACAGUCUUGAUCACCGUCAUUGCCCUGGUCAGUCUUUGCUUCCUCAUGGCACAAAGCUCUCGCGUUGUCUUCUCCUUUGCGCGUGACCACGGCCUCCCUCUCAGCAGUUACAUCAGCCGGGUCCACCCUACUCUGCACAUUCCGCAUUGGAGCAUUAUAACAGUCCUCCUUGUCAACAUGGCUCUGAUGGCAAUCUACUUUGGCUCGGUGACCGGCUUCAACACGGUGCUCGCGUUCUCCACGGAAGGAUUCUACCUCUCCUACAUCAUGCCACUUCUCGUACGCGUCUGGGGCCGGCUGCAGGGUCGUCACGACAUCGACAGCGCCUUUUCCCUCGGCCGCUUCGGCAUGGCAUUUAACCUGAUCGGCAUGGCGUACCUCGCGUUUUGCGUGGUCAUUUUCAACUUCCCAACCGUGAGUCCCGUUACCAGCGCGGACAUGAACUACUCCUCUGCAGCAGUUGGCGUGGCUGCUCUUGUUGCUGCUAUUACAUGGUUCACCACCGGCCGCAAGCACUUUACCGGCCCACAACGUGGGGUCAUCAUCGAGGGAUCGACGUCUUUCAUCGGUGAGGAUGGACGUGAUGCUUCGUUCACAGAGGUCACUAUCGAGAACGAGAAGAGUUGA